CUUUUAUGUUCUAUGUUUCUGAACCCGACAGAGCUUGGGCUGCGUGUGGAUUUGACUGACGUCACGCUUAAAAGCUCUAUAGAGACGUCACCUUAAAGGUUGUUUGAUUAGCUGCAAGUUACUAACUAGAUCUAUAUGCUUCUGAUGCUGGAAACACAUUUCAUCGAAGAACAAUGGCGAUCGAGCUUCUUUCAUUCAAACAACUUCAAACAUUUAACAAUAACGACAAAGCUGACAUGGAACGAACAGAGGCCGAUAAAAAUCCACGCUUCACUGCAAACCGCGAGAUAUUGAGUUUUGAUAACCUAGCUUCAAGUAGAAAUAGUGUUGGAGCAAGUGGAGACGAAAAUCUUGACGACACUGACAUCGUUACUGUCGAAGAGAUAGCCCCACACACGACAAAGAUGUCAAGCUGGAAGGCUGCGGCUAACUUCAUCUGCGACAUCGAGGGGAUUGGUCUCUUAAGUUUACCAUAUGCUAUCUUAAAAGGGGGCAUUGCGUCGUUAAUAGCACUGCUCGUCGUACCAAUUAUAUGUCACUACACUGGAGUAGCUAUGAUUGAGUGUUUAUACGAAGAAGACAACGAAAAGAGGAAAAUUCGAGUUCGUUCGACCGUUGAAGACUUGGGCGAGGCGUCUUUUCCCAAAUAUGGUAAAAAACUCGUAAUCAUCUUACAAAGCAUUGGACUCCUAAUGGUGUCUACGUCAUAUUUGGUUCUAAGUGGAAUAAUGUAGCGGACAUCUUCUUUCGUUCAGUGGGGACAUC